AGGAAGAGGAAGAGGAAGAGGAAGAAGAAGAACAAGAAGAAGAACAAGAAGAAGAACAAGAAGAAGAACAAGAAGAAGAACAAGAAGAAGAACAAGAAGAAGAAAAUGAAGAAGAACACGAAGAUGAGGAUGAAGAUGAAGAUGAAGAUAAAGAUGAAGAUAAAGAGGAAGAAGAACAAGAGGAAGAGGAAGAGGAAGAGGAAGAGGAAGAGGAAGAGGAAGAGGAAGAGGAAGAGGAAGAGGAAGAAGCUGAACAAGUCCUCAGUCCGCAACAGCGUGAACAAUGUGAUAGGCACUGGGCCAACUUAA